AUGGUAUCAGUUAUAAAUUAUAAGGAGGAAUAUGAUUCAAUAAUGGCUAUCCCCUUAAAGCUGCCAUUAGAGAGGAAUUUGAGUAGAUACCGAGCAUUUAGGCACCAUAAGAAGGCGGAACACUUUCUUGUACUAAAUGACACACUCUACUUAAUUGUUAAAGACAGACUGCACAGAAAAGUGUUCUACAAGGCCUGGGUCGAUAUCAUGGCAUUAGAUGUUAAAAGACUUCAUGAUACCAACAGUUACGGCCAUAAUGGGAUGUAUGAAUUAUGUAAAAAUUAUUUCUUUACCAUACCCAGAACUAUUGUGAGAGAUGUUGUUGCAAGCUUGUAA